GGGGUGAUUUGACCCCUACUGUUCAUUGUCUCUCCAAGUUGGCUGCCCCACGUUGCUGCUCCAUUUGCGACUACCCGGAGCUCCUACGCCUCACCACGCGACUACCGCUGUUCACCGCACCCGCGUGGCUGCCCUGAGAGCCCGUUGUACCUGCAGCGCCUCUAUCUCCGACGCCCCUGCAGCUGCCAAGCCUCCGCAUCACCGCGCAAUCCACCACCGCAUUGCUGCGCCUCUCUUCAGCAGCGCCGAGACCCGACGCUCCUACUCACCGAAUGCCGCAUCGCCAUUCCUCAAAUCACCGUCGCGCCUCCGCUUCACCGGCAACCUGCGAGAUCCCGGCAGGCUGCUGCUGCACCACUUAGUUCGUGAUCUGCUCGCCCAGCUGUGCCCCGCCGACGCUGCUGCCGAAUCGCUCCUCCCCCCCGAUGCUCAGCCGCCGACGUGCCGCUGUUCCUACCGCAAACCGACGCCGCCAGAGCCCACAUUGCUGUUGCUCGCGUCUCCUCGGUGCCCGACAGCAAGCCUCGCGCUCUGCGAUGCCCACUCGCUGGUGCCCUGCUUCGCCAAAGUCCCUUGCCGGCGUCAAUCCUCGCUGCCUCGCGCUAGACGCCCACCUGCCUUGUCUCACCGGAAUCCCCCCUUUGCCGGCAAUCCCCCUGCUGGGCCUCUGACCGGCUGUCUUUCAAUGACCCACCAUUAGCUGCGUGCAACAAAAGAGAAAAUCAUUUAGGAUUGUCUCGAGCCUUGAUUUAUAUACAAUGGGGACACCGGACAUUCGGAUUAUUCUCCCUCCAAAGGAAGAGCUUAGCACUUGGUGGGACAAGUUAGAUCAAAAUAGUCGUCAAUUCGUAGAGUCACAUAUUGGUCGAUUGCUUCCACUGCUGCGUAUCAACAUCCAUGGCGGCCUCGUCCAAGCACUCGCCCACUAUUGGUGCCCCGAGACUUCUACCUUCAUCUUUGGCGGUAAGCAUGAACUCACUCCCACCUUGGAAGAAUAUAGCAUUGCCAUAGGGAAGUCCUUGAAAGCUGAAUUGAUCAGUCCGCCUAUCGGAAUAGAUCCUGUUACGGCCUUAUAUGACUUUCUGAGAAUUAAAGAGGACGACAUAAGAAAGAUUUUAAAGGCCCACCGUAAUGCAUGUCCUUUAUCUUUUUUGAAAGAAUGUUUUGAAAAAGGCACCUCAUUUCAAAUGCGUAGGAUUUUCCUCUUAGCUUUCUUUGGGUUUAUAGUAUUUCCUUACUGCAAGAAUGCUAUUAACCCUUUGAUUGCUCAAUUAGUUACGCAAGUGUUGGAAGGAAAAUUUUUUGUAAGCACUGUCUUGACUGAAACUUUUCUUUCUCUCACUCGAUUAAAAAGAGGUGGUGAUAAGACUCUCCAUUCCUCUCCUGAACUUUUACAAAUCUGGUUCCUUUCUCAUAUAAAGGGGUUUGGUGGUUUAAUGACUAUACAUGAUAUUAGUAAUUCUAAUCACCCUAUUAUGAGAUUUGAGAACAAUCAAAAACAUGCACCGGAUUACCAUUACUCUAGGUGGCUAGCUUUCAUGAAAAAACCAACUCCCAAGGGUUUCCUAUGGCAUGCUAAAUGGUUCCAAGUUCGGGUGGCGAGACUCUCGUGUGGAGGAGUUGGCCUAAUCCCUCUAUUGGGAUUCACUAGAGCAUUGGAGUACUAUCCGACUAGAGUGACUCGUCAGUACCAAGUCGUGCAAGAGCUUCCCCCGGCGUUACAAGUAUAGCCGCUCCAAGUCAGUUUCGUUGAUGGAAGCCGAGGCGAUGAGGAUUCCAUUCUCGCUAUCAAAUCGAUGUGGGACAUGUGCCGUCCACGAAAGCUCAAAUGGCCCGAAGAGGAGUUGAAGGGCAAAGAAAGGAAAUACUAUGCCUCGAUCAAGUAUAUCCAACAACACAAGAUUCCCGAGGAGCCGCUUCCAAAGAUACCAAAGGCGCCAUUGAAGAUCACCAAUCGAGCUGAGAAUAAACGCCUCAAAAGAGUUGCUGAAAAAGCUCAAGAGGAGAAUAAACAUUUGCGCCGAAUGGUGUCCCGAGUGUAUAUUGAUCAAGCCAGAUGAAAUGCUUGAAUCAAUCUUGCUAUUUUCAUUUUUAGAUAAAUGA